CAUGUCGCGCAGCUGAGGUUCGAGGCUGGGCCAGGUUAAGGUUCAUCUAUGUCAGCAUCUCGGCCUCGGCUAGAUCAUCCGAGACGCCGAACCUCCAGCGACAUGAAUUCAUGCUCUGCAAUCCACACUUCGAACCCACGCACCACCUUCCUUUAAGAUCGCUCGCAGGUGCCUCGAUGCUUACAAGGACACGAUGGCAUGGGCAAGCAUGGGGUAGACCAUAUGCACGAACGGUCUAUCGUCAGCGACUCGUCGUGUCCGCCAAGCGAUGGCAGACUUCCGCCAGCGCAAAUGGGAAUGAUGUAUUGUCACGCGACGGCACGAAACCCGACAGAGCAGCAGGGUCAAGGCCGACGCGCCCCCUGACAGGCAUUAUAACGACCAAUGAUGCGUCCAAUACAAGCUUUGAGCAUCUCCUUAGUGUCAUACCAAAGCCGCACAGUAGCAGCAUCCGAACCUCUACCAUCGGCACUGCGUUGCUUACGAUUCUCCUUACACCCACAUACGCCUCAUAUGCAUUGCGGACUGAUGCAUCUUUGGCCUUACUGAAGCACCUGAGCGCAGCCGAUGCUCAAUCGCCACCCGGACCCUUAGAUGUAUUGUCUGCCGUCGUGGACCGCUUGCCAGCAGGUAUCGAUGCUCGUGCUGGAAAGGAGGGCAUAGCCUACAUGUUACUGCGCAAUGCUGCGCCGCUGUCUGUUGUUGCGCGAUCAAACCUUAACCCAAAGACACUGAAGCCGGGCUCGUUGAGCUUCGAGAUGCCGCCAAACAAGGGCCGACCAUGGGAUUAUACCGUUCAGUUACCCCUCGCACACACCGUCUUCACAACUGGCCUGGUCUCCACACUUGUUCAUACAAAGUACAGUUUCUCUCCCGAAAAUGGCUACCUUGCGGACCGAGUACAGCGUCUUGAAGCGCAGACACUUCGUCUUCCGCUGACUGCAGACUAUGGUGCGGUAUCAGUGCUAGCCCCUCUAGUUCCGCUGACACCUUUUCGGGUGAUACGCAAUUUUAUGGGUAACAUCAUCCGCACCUUGUCGUCUGCCACAUCACGAGAGCAGAGCUUACAAACUUCGGCAACGUCCACGGACACUCAGCCCGCGUCUCAGGAGCUCGAGACUGCUGUCACAAGCUACUUCAAGUCUCUCAAUGUGGCCCCUCGAGCAGUCAGCGUUUGGGCUCUGAUCAUCCCAGAUGAAGCAAAACGAUGGACCCGUCUCAGACAAGAAAACCAUGUGGUCAGACGUUUGCGCGAUCUGGCCGCCGAAGAAGUCCCCGAAACGUGGACGUCCUCUAAGCACCCUGUACGGCUCUCGCUUAACGGUGCGAUAUUGCGCCUCUUGCGUAAUGGUGCCCGACUUCAUCGAGUGCUGUCAGGUGGCGGUGGAUGGGGCAAGAAAGCAGGACUUUUAAGUCUGGAUCCUGAUGCCGCAUACAGCAGCCGGGAGCUUCGAGCUGAGGAGGGGUGGCAUUUCGACUUUGAUGAUGAGAGCGCGGAGGGAGUUCAAGAGCAGCAAAGGCAAGCUCUGGGCGAAGUUGUGAAGGAGGGCGAGCAUGUCAUGUUCUUGCUUGGUGAGCAUGAGGACGCUCAGAGCCGCUUGUCCCACGCUAAAUCGUGGGACUUCAUCAACAAGAGUGACCUUGCGGCCGUUUUUGGAGCAAUACCAUCAACCGUUGAUUAUGGCUCCAACACUGCCAACAAAAAUGCGGAUGAUGUUGAGCCCACAAGUCUGCCCGACCUCAUACAUCGCCCCAACAUCUUCGGCGCACUUUCCGAGGGCGGCCUUGCAUUGAGGAUUACGAAAGACGCUCGGCUGCAGUCUCAGACAAAGUUUGAUGUCCCAUUUAGCUACAUCUGGGCAACCGAGGCCGAAGCCGACAAGCACAACCGGACUAGUGCAAGCGAAAGGCGCAUGCAGGCGGGACAGCGCCGACAAGACGACUACUUCGAAAAGGCGGCAACCUCAGAAAGAGCGACGCCGAAGGUUAGCGGUCAUGAAAAGGGGCCAGAGAACAGCCGUCACGUGAACUUCCGGCGGGUCGUUCCCAUGUACAGUACCGAGACCACGCGCAGCCGGCAUGGCGGCAAUGAGAGGGUCUAUGAUUUCGGCAUUAAAGCGCGGUACAGCACUACAGCUGGCUCGCAUUCUGGCGAUGCAGCGAACAUUUCCGACGCGGCCGAGCAUGACAGAGUGCCGAAGGGGUGACUAACCGUUGACGGAUACCUUACCAAACGGUCGGUUGAAAGCAAAGAUCGCUUACACUCACUGGAAGUGCCUCUCGACGACACGCCACCCUCUGCGGAGGGAGCAAGGGAACCCAGCCCACGGAUCAACACGAUCCGUGAUCGGCGGGACAGCGGUGCCAGGCUGGGAGAUCAAAGGCCGCUUGUGCGAACACAUGAAUCU